AAGGAUUUUCUUUCUGAUCGGUGUUUUUUUUUGUUCCAAUUUACAAAUUACUCUAAAUUUAUUCUAAUUUCUUCAUAAUUAAGUCAAUUAAUCUCAUCGUCAGUUGAUUAUCUCUUUUCUAUAGAUCACCGGUUAGAAGAAACAAUAGACUGAAUUAGAUAGUCCGUUUGUUCGUGUUUUUCACCUAAGUAACAUGAUUUAUCUCUGCUGAUUUAACUAGUAAUCGAUAAUCAAGAUGUUCUCAUUUGGAGAAAAUGUAUUUGGUGAACUAUUUCGCUCUUCAUCAUCAACUGCCUCUUCUGCUUGUGUCAGUUUCCAAGCCAUUUGUGCCAUGUUAACCUUAAUUCCAAUUCUAAUAGUAUUUUCAAGUGGACCUAAGGUGGUCUUAGCUAAUCAAGAAUUAACUGUCUAUCGUAUGAAACACCACGAUUGGCUGGGAAAUCCUUAUGGAUCAAGAGCUUCGGUGAUGAACUUGGAGAUGAGAACGAUAUCAACUCUAUCACAAAGCUAUGCAAAAAAGUGUCUUCUAAUCAGAAUUAGCGAAAUAAUUAAAUCAUCGGAAACAUUUGAAGAUCUUUUAAAGAAUCCAAUGGUUGGUGGAAUGUUGAUCUUAGUUCCCAACAAUUUAACCAAUUUGGGUUCAAAAGUUCGUUCAUCCAUCUUGGCAUUUGAGAAAACACUGGCUUCUCGUACAUUCGAUAUUCCAAUUUAUUUUGGUAAAGAAAAUUCUAAUCUAAUGGAUAUUUAUCAAGAAUUAUCACUUAAAUCGGAUAAUGUUAAUGAUGAACAUCAGGGGAAGAAAAAAUUUUUUGGUGUUGACUUUUUCAAUGCUGUUCUCGCCAAUGGUUACCAGUUAUCGAUUUCUGGUCCAUCACCUAAACCGAUCACUGAUCCCAUAAUAACCAACAUUGAAUCUAAAUUAACUGGAAGUAAAAGUGAUGAUCAAUCACCGACAAUUGUGAUCGCUGCUCAUUAUGAUGCUUCAGGAAUUGCCUCAGGUCUUUCAUAUGGCGGUGAUUCAAAUGGAAGUGGAGUUGUCGCUCUACUUGAACUGAUCAGACUUUUCUCUAAACUUUAUAAUAAUCGUAAAAGUCAACCUGCCGUUAAUUUGGUCUUUCUACUUUCGGGUGGUGGUAAAUUUGGCUUUCUUGGUACCAAAAAAUGGAUCGAAGAUCAUUUAGACGUUAAAGAAUCUGGUCUAUUAUCUGAUGCCCAAUUAUCGAUUUGUCUUGAUUCCCUUGGUUCAUCAACCACCUCAUCUAAAUCACUUUUCCUUCAUUUACCCAGAAUUCCAAAGGAAACCUCAAUCACCCACCGAUUGUAUCAUCAACUCAACGAGAUCGCAACCAGUAAAGGUGCCGAUGUUUCAUUUGUCCCAGAAAAAACUUAUCUCUCAGAUGAAUCACUAAAUUGGGAACAUGAUCGAUUCAUCCAACGUCGUUUACCCUCUUUAACAUUAUCCACACUUCAAAAUUCCAAGACCCUUAGUCGAACCAGUAUUCUGGACACUUACGAAAGUGUCGAUAUUGACACUCUUUCGACAAACAUUGAAAUAAUCGGUGAAACUUUGUCACGUUUAGUUUUCAACAUUCGAAAUCAUUCAAGUUCUAGUAUUUUCAAAGACGAACUUGGUGUUUCCAAACAAUUUAUCAGUUCCAUGUUGAAACAGAUCACAUCCACCUCUCGGAGUCAACAAAAUUUACUCACCUCAUUAACCGGAUCAACUUACAAGGUGUCCCCAUUAAUUUCCACCCUUUUCAUGGCAAUGAAACGAUUUAGCAAAGAUACUCGAUAUCAACAUUUCCGAAUGGACCGGAAAGAGCCUGAGAUUGUUUUCUAUGAACCAACACAAUUAGCGACAAACAUUUACAACAUUAAACCAGCAAUUUUUGACCUUUUCCUAUCACUGGGAAUAGUCUCUUACCUGUUGAUUCUUUACCUAUUCCUAACCAAUUUCGAGACCAUUCAGAUGAUAAUUAAAUCAAUCAAAUGUUCAGCAAUCAAAUCAACUGAAAACGGAACUUUAUUAACCAAGUCCAAGUCUCAAUGAUUCAAGUUACAAUUUAAAUUAGCUUAAAGAGUAAACACAAUUGUAACUCUUUCGAUCAAUAAUAAUAUAAUGUAUCAAUUUUUAUAUCUAACCAAUUAAACUCUUAUUUACAACCAGACAAAAAAGAAA